AUGGAGGAUGUCUAUCCUGCCGAUUCCAAGGGUAAGGGCGUAUCUCAACCUUUGCUAAUCCACGCGCAAAAUGCAGUCGAGGAUCGCCGGGUUGACGACCAGAAUGAAGACAUGUUCUCCAUGUCUAUCGGUGUAGAGGCUUCGUCCGGUAUGCGCGAGCUUGUGGGAUCCCCUGCAUCUUCAUCCACUAGUGCUGCGACAGGCAGCAGCUCCUCGUCUGGUUCUCCACUGAGUCCACAGGAGCCCCUCAAGGAGACAGACAUACCCUCAACGGGCAAAGGGAAGGCCCGAGACGUCCCGCCUACUCUACCCCCUCUCUCUUUUGGCACGACCGAGCUCAACUACGAGAGCUCGGACUGGCCCACGUUUUCCUCGUCGAUCCCGGAGCCCUCCUCGUUCAGCUCGAGCUAUGGAUCAGUCGGCGAUCGGGAGCCGAGUCCGAGCACCUCCGCCUCCGUUGCCGGCCCCUCCAGCGCGCCCGCCGAUAUACUUGAAACGAGCACCGCCCUCUCUCGCAUCCCGUCUCGUCGCCGCUCGUUCUCGAGCCUCUCCGCGCACUCGUCGAAGCGCUCGAUUUCCGCGUUGUCCGUCACGAAGGCCAAUGUGAAAUCAUCCAGUGGGGCGAAGCUUCCGGGCAACCUGGCACGGAAGCUCCUGGGGAAGCAGCGGGAUAGCCCGUCGGCGAGCCCCACAUCGCCGUCGAGAGAUGUCGUCCUCGAGCCUGAGGAGCCCGCCUCGGCCGACCGUAUGAGUUGUCUCGCUCCAUGGACUCACACUGCCACGCCUCGUAUUAGCCCGCUGGCCACCCCUGCCCUUGAGAUGGAGGUGGGCAUCGGAGAGUUCGACAAGUCCUUCCCGAUAUACUACGCGAAUAGCUCGUCAAACCGGACUGUCUUACGCACGAAGGGUCGUUCGUACUCGUCGCCUCUGCCGCUCCCUGUCACUCCCCUUGAUCUUGUGCCUGUCGCCGCCGACAUCUUCGAGCCUAUCCUACAGCCCACGCCCAAUUAUUUUGAUGAGUUUCUCCCGAUGGAGCUGAAGCUCCGUGUGUUCGUCUCUCUGGUCGAGCUCCGCGAGGCUGAACACCAGAAGUUGAUCGAGGCCGGUCUCUGGACGCUUCGCAAUGCAACUUCGUCGAAGAACAAAUGGGUCGGUCGGGACCGUGGCAUCCGGGAAUUGUUCAAGCUGAGCAGGGUUUCGAAGGCAUGGCAACGCCUCGUGUUCGACGGGCAGCUCUGGGUGAAGCUGGAUCUUCACUCGUUCCCGAACAUCCCGCCUCCGGCUCUCGAGCGCCUUGCGAAAGUCGCAGGCGCGUUUAUCAGACAACUUGACCUCCGAGGACACUCGGAAUUGGACUCCUCGGCGCUACAAGAGAUCGUAGACCAUCUCUGCACGGACGUCCAGCCAGAGGAUGGACCGCACGCUCCACCAUCUCUCGUCCGCUCGCCGCGGUGCGCGAGCUGUGCCUCCGGGGCUCACUGCGGUGACGGAUACGACAUGCAGCAUACUAGCCUCGUAUGCCGCAACAUCACCUCGCUCGACAUGUCCCGCUGCCCGAAUCCACUGCUCUCAUUCGCGACGAACCCCUCCCGUGAGGAGCUACGCCUCUCCGGCCUGAAGCACAUCUCCGAUGAUACGAUGGAGGCACUCGGCAAGGCCGCCCCGGCUCUCGAGGUGCUCGAUCUCAGCUUCUGCCGCACGUUGCACAACUCGUCUGUGGAGGCUUUCGUCUCGUCGUGCAUCAUGCUCACGGACCACGCGUGCUCGCACCUUGCGUAUGCCGUGCCGGAGCUGGAACUGUUGGAAUUGGCGGGGAUCGGUACGGAGCUGCGCGAUAGCGGACUGAUCACGGACGACGUGCUCAUGACCUCACACCAGAGCCCGUCACAGAUACUCCGGCACCGGCGUUCCUCGGCCCCCCAGCCUGGGCACGCGUUGGAACACCUCAUCAUCUCUUACGCGACCGAGGUCACGAAUGUGGCCGUGCGAGACCUCAUCGAGAACUGCACCCGCCUGAGGGCCUCGAGGUGGACAACACCACAUAUCGGAGCCCGUCGUGCGGGACUUCGUGCGGCUGUCCGCGAGCGCAAGGCCGCCGACGCGCAGAUCGUCGCUGUGGACUGCCGGGGCAUCAGCGAGCGGUGCGUGCGCGAGCUCGCGCCGCAGACACGGCCGCGUGUGGGCUGGCGGUCGUACGACGCGCGGAAAUUGGGUUUCUUAGACGGGCGGGACGAGGAAGGUUUGGGAGUGGGCCAGGACGAGCUGGAUCAGCAUCGGGUGGCGCUGAAGACGUUCUUCUCGUGGCAGACGGUGGACGCUGUCAGGGCGGCGCGCGAGAAGAAGCGCAAGUCCACGAGGCGAGGGUUGAACGCUUCCUCGAGCAGCACCGAGGAGGGCGGUCAUCGAGUGGGCGUGCACGGUGGUGGUCGCCGGCGGGCGGCGCUCGGGCGGGACGUCGCCCAAUCUUGCGGACUUCGGUCAGGAGAGGGAUGGAUGUACGAUUAUGUGAGGUAA